CAACUUCAAUGUACAAGAGCGCUGCAACGAAAGUAGUCUAAAGAAAACAUAGGUAUGUUAAUACUGUACAGUGGUUCCGAAAAAAAAAAAGAUAUGUUAAAUACAAAAUUGGUUUGAAAGAUGAAUAGUAAAAGACGUGUAAGUAAAGAAAAGUGGGUCCUCCUACUCAUCAAACUGAUGAGAUUGGCAAGUGGUGGCAACGCGCUAAUCAAUAAUCAUAUAAUCCCCCACUUUUAUCCAAAUUAUUAUUUGGUUAUAAAUCCAUCUCCACUUGUCCAUUACCUUCUCCAACGAACAACAACGAUCUCCUUCAAACAUUCCAAACAAACAUAAACAAUGGAAGCUACAAUGAUCUCUUCGUCGGCUUUGAUAUCACCACUCAGGUUCCAUCCGUUUUCCACGAACAAAAUGAUGAUUAAGAAGAAGAAGAAGAAGAUGAUGAUGUGCGUUUCUGCGGCUGCGUCUUCAGGAAAGGACCAUUACUACGGAGGAGGGAGACUGGUGGACGAGAACAUAAUCGUUCUGAGGAAACGCAUCCACGAGAUGAAGAUGGUUGAGAGAAACUACGAGCCUCCUUCUCACUGGAUGGAUUGGGAGAAGCGUUUCUACAGCAGCUACGACUCUGUCAUCUGCGAAUCCGUUGGUCUUCUCCAGAGCUUCCUCAUGAAUUCUCGGCCCACAGUUGCAAUCGCAACGCUGCUUCUCCUCAUCGUUAGUGUUCCCGUUUCCUCCUCUGUUUUAGCCUUUCGCCUUCUUGACCUCCUCCAGUGGGUUCUCGCCGCCGCAACUUCGGGUCACGUGGGCUGAUCUGCUCGGCCCAUUUCACUUUUUUCCCCUUUUACUUGCACACAAACUCUUUUUUUUAUUGGUUAUGUAUACUGUAAACACACAUAAUAUUCUUUUUAUUAUUUAUCUGAAUUUUUUACUUUAGCUUAA